CUUCCUCUUCCGUUGCUUGCCGCGCCGCCGCAGCCCAGAACCCAGAUGGCGGCGCCGCCCCUCUUCCACGACCUCAGUCUCCUCGCACCCACCUCCAUUGGCGGUGGCGGCGAUGACAACUCAAACCCCUCCUCCUCCUCCCGCCUCCAACUAUUAGCCGCCACGGCCCGCGCUCUCGAGCUCGGCUACGCCGCCGUCGCUCUCGACCACCCCCACCGCGGUCUCCUCGCCGACUCCAACCGCUGCCGCACCCAACCUUUCCCGGCCCUCUCCUCCCUCCCACUCCCGUCCUCCGCCGCUCUCCAUCGCCGCCGCCUCGCCUCCCCUGCCUCUGAGCCCUUCCGCCAGUACACCCGCAUCACCCUCUCCCUCGACUCCGCUGCCGCCGCCGCUUCCGCCCUCGCUCCCUCUGCUGCCCGCCUCCUCCGCACCUACGACCUCGUCGCAACCCGUCCCCUCACCCAGGCCGCCUUCGACCACCUCUGCCAGGCCCCCCUCUCUGCCCAACACCUUGAUCUCAUCUCCAUCGACUUCUCCUCCCACAGCAACCUGCCCUUCCGCAUCAAGCUCCCCAUGCUCAAGCUUGCGCUGCAAAAGGGGCUGCAUUUUGAGAUUGCCUACUCCCCACUCAUUUCUACUGACAUCAAUGCCAAGAGAAACCUCUUAGCUCAAGUCAAGCUCUUGGUGGAUUGGACUAAAGGAAAGAAUCUCGUCAUAUCAAGCGCUGCUCAUACUCCUUCUCAACUCAGAGGGCCCUAUGAUGUCAUCAAUCUAUCUGCUUAUUUGCUUGGCGUUCCCAUCAACCGAGCAAAAGCUGCAAUGUCCACAAACUGCAGGUCACUUGUUUUGAAGGCUCUGAGGAAGAAACAUUUCUACAAAGAAACAAUUAGAGUCGACAGAUUGUUACCAAAUGAACAGUUGAGUUCAACAAAAUUCAAGCUUGCUGAUUGGAUUACUUGGAAUUCUGUAUUAUCUGAAGGAGGGGUAAAUCACCUGGAACCUUCUUCUAACAUUGAUGAACGUCCUGGUUCACCCAUAUGUGGUGUAAUGGGAGGGUCACAUGAAAAACCUCACAGUUCUGAUGUGUCUGUAUUAGCCAAACAGUCAGAAGAAUCUAAUGAUCAAGCACAAAUCCCAUCUCAAACCCAAGAAGAAACACUACAAAUUGACAGAACUGAAGUUCUAACAGAUUGCAGCCAGUAUAUCUUGCCAACAUCUUUCAAUUAUCAAAAUGCUGUUCUUGCGAAGGCUGGAAAUAGUGAAGUUGUUCCGGAUCCUUCCGUCCAGACUGGUCCAGAUUGUUCUGCUAGUCCAAAAGGCGUAGUGAAGCAUGUCAAAUUUGUGAAGGAUGCAAUGGAAGUAGAUGGAACAGAAUCAUGCAGUCUUGUUGUGGGUGACAAUAUUCCUUCAACUUGCGGUACUAGUAUCAAGUUAGCAUGCUCUGCUCUUCCCCAUGGUGUAGAUCUUUCUGGCUCUAAUCUCGAGGAUCAUGGUCCUUGCCAAUCUAGUGAAAUCCUAGCCAAUGGUAAAUCUUAUACCAACUAUCGCACUGAUUGCGCCAGUGGUGAGAGGGAGAAAACCCUACUGGAUCAUGAAAUUCCUUCUGGUUCUGUUGUUUUCCCAGAGGACAAGGAUUUGGACCAGUCUAGGGGCAUGGAAGUUGAUGCUGAGACUUACAGAGGUACAUCAGAACUAGUAGAGUGCCCCCCAAGUGGGGUAGAUGAUGAGGCACCAUUGGAUCUUGCCUUUUACUCGUGUCAUAAAUUUCACAGGGAUGUUGCAAUUCAACGGAAAGUUAUGGAGGGGGAAAUAAAGCAAAGUAUGGAUGAAAACAUAGAACGAACUGCAGAAAAUGAGACAGAGUCCAAUGACAAUAAAAUAAAAACAUCUAUUUCAUGGAACCCUGCGGUCCAUGGUCAGGAAAUCAGCUUAACUAGUUAUCAAAGAAGUACUGAUGCAAGUUGUGAAAGUGACAAGCUGAAAGAACUAAAGUCUGAGGAAACAAAUGUUUCUUUGGAGAGAAGUGUUGCUAAAACACAUGAGCUACUACCAAAAUAUUCUCAUCCAAGUGGUAAGGUUGAGAUGCCCACAAUCAGAUCAGAAAAGCGAAGACAUAAACUAAGGCCGUACCGUCCAUCUUAUCUUCCUUUCUUGGGCUUCCUUAGGUCUGUGCAUUUCAAUAAGAAAAUAUGCAAAGUAAGAGGGCUGAUCAAACACACGUCUAGGCAUGUAUCACUGGCCCACCUGCAUGAGGUCACCAAUGAUGCCAUCCUCUCCUCUCGACCAGACACCUUGCUUGCCAACGGAGGAGCCUUCCUGCCAUCGCCAGCGUCGCCCGCCUACAUGCUCCCUCCCCUUGCCGCCCAGGAGGCCUGCAUGUCACCGGCGUCGGCCGCCGCAACGUCGCCGUUCUGCCGCGCCAUGAGCACGGGGGACAUGGAGGAGGAUCAGCGGGUGGUGGCGUCGCCGGCGCCGGGGAGGUACAGCGCGGAGGAGCGGCGGGAGCGCAUCGACAAGUACCGGAGCAAGCGCAACCAGCGAAACUUCCAAAAGAAGAUCACGUAUGCUUGCAGGAAGACGCUUGCUGACAGCCGGCCGAGGGUGAAGGGCCGCUUCGCUCGGAACGCCGGCGAUUGCCGGGAGGCGGAUGCAGACCACCAUCACGUCCAGCAAGCCGCCGCAGCACCGCUGCCGCCUCUCUCAGAGUCCGAGUCAGAGUGGUGGCCGGCAGCGCAGCAGGAGGACGAUGCCGCCGGCAUCGACCUAGACGACGACAUGCUGGCCGCCUACCUUGGCGUCUCCUCCAUCAGCCUCUACUCCCCCUCCACCUCUACUACUAGGCUGCCUCAUCACCAUCACUACAGCUAGCUGCACCCCUAGACCAACACAUAGAUUCGUCGCUUUGACUUGAUUUGGCUCUUCCUUAAUUAUUUCAACUCGAUCUGUAUCUAGUACUACUAUACUGCAAGCUAGCUGUACGCCAUUGUUGAUCGGUCGAUCGAUCACCUCGAUAUCGUGUGCCUAUCCGAUCCAUUAUGUUGCUGAUUGCUCUGUCUGAUGCACAAAGAUAGAUAUAGACAGCAACCAACAUUUGUCUUAUAAAAAAACCGGUCUUUGCAGGAUA